ACAGAGCCAUCCCCACAUCCAGGGGUAUACUGGUGUGUGUGAUUGCCUGAGCUGCUGCUAUUCAACGUGGAGCCAUUAUCACGACCAAGGGCAUCCGGGAGACACUCACCCCGCCGAACCGAGCCUCCAGCGGACCCAGCGGACCCAGCGGAGCAGUCGCAGUAUUCAGUCCUGAUCCCAGUUCAGCUGGUCCAGCCCUCUCCAUUCCUCUGAAGCUCAGCUGUCGUCCAGCAGAGGCAUUCGACUUCUUCUUCUUCUGCUUCUUUUUCUUCUUCUUCCUCGCGAGCAAACAUGCCUCCAACAUUGGGUGGGCCUGUAGGGUACACUCCUCCUGAAGGUGGCUGGGGCUGGGCUGUGGUGGUGGGAGCCUUCAUCUCCAUUGGCUUCUCCUAUGCCUUCCCCAAAUCCAUCACAGUGUUCUUCAAAGAGAUAGAGGUCAUCUUCAGUGCCACGCCCAGUCAGGUGUCCUGGAUCUCCUCCAUCAUGCUGGCUGUCAUGUACGCUGGAGGUCCAAUCAGCAGUAUCCUUGUGAACAAAUACGGCAGUCGGCCAAUCAUUAUACUCGGUGGCUGUCUGGCAGGGUCGGGUCUGGUCGCGGCCUCCUUCUGCAACACUGUGGAGCAGCUUUACUUCUUCAUCGGAGUAGUGGGAGGUUUGGGACUGGCGUUCAACUUGAAUCCAGCCCUCACUAUGAUCGGUAAAUACUUUUACAAGCGCCGGCCCAUCGCCAACGGGAUCGCUAUGGCCGGCAGCCCCGUGUUCCUGUCCACCCUGGCUCCUCUCAACUCCUGGCUCUAUGAUGAGUUUGGGUGGAGAGGCAGCUUCCUCAUCCUGGGCGGACUUCUGCUGAACUGCUGCGUGGCCGGUUCCCUCAUGCGUCCCAUCGGCCCCAAACCUCAGCCGGCAAAGCCUGACUCGGAAGCAGGUGAGGGCAAGGCGGCGGAUUCAGUGCAGCCGCAGCCCAAGAAGACAGUCCUGCAGACCAUCAACUCCUUCAUCGACCUGACGCUGUUCAAACACCGCGGCUUCCUGCUGUACCUGAUGGGCAACAGUGUCAUGUUCUUCGGCCUCUUUGCUCCGCUUGUCUUCCUCUCUAAUUUUGCCAAGAAUAAAGAUAUCAGCAAGGAAAAGGCGGCUUUCCUGCUGUCAGUGCUGGCAUUCGUUGACAUGUUUGCCCGGCCCUCCAUGGGCCUGCUGGCUAACACCAGGUGGGUCCGGCCUAGGGUGCAGUACUUCUUUGCUGCUGCUGUCCUUUACAACGGAGUGUGUCACGUGCUGGCGCCGCUGUCGGUGGACUACACUGGAUUUGUAGUGUACGCCAUCUUCUUCGGUUUUGCAUUUGGCUGGCUGAGUGCCGUGUUGUUCGAGACACUGAUGGACCUGGUGGGAGCUCAGAGGUUUUCUUCAGCCGUGGGUCUAGUCACUAUAGUGGAGUGUGGACCAGUGCUGCUCGGCCCACCGCUAACAGGUACUUUCUAUAACUACUACAACCACUAUAGCUACACCUACAUCACCUGUGGCAUCAUCCUCAUGGUUGCAAGUGUGUUCCUCUUCGUGGGAAUGGGCAUCAACUACCACCUGCUGGAGCGAGAGAGGAAAGAGGAGGAGAGAAGAGAAAGAGAGGAGCCCAAGGAGGAGCGUACCGCCAUGUUGGCGCCCCCCUCUCCGUCUAAAUCGGACGAGGAGGCGAACGAGGAGAACAGUGUACCGGCCGCUGUCACACUGGAUGACGUCGCCAAGAUGGAUGAGGACACGGUGUAGGAAAAAAAAAAAACAAAACAACAAACAGACUUGAGAAGGACGUACACACGGCAUCGCACACUUUGCAGAAACACACACGAAAGUUGCAGUUACUCAGUGCAAACCACACACUGUCUUUAUAGAGUGAUAAUACCCUUGUACACAACCCUGAAGCCAUAGAAACAAUUAUUUUUAUCAUUCAAAACUGAGACCUGUUGCUGUGACAUGAAGCUUAGCCGACCGUAAAGCUCGUCAAGCAGCGUUUCACUGCGUUGAUACCUCUAGUUCUGGUAUUUGACGUGCCUUCGGUAAACCUCAAGUCCUCCAGGAGCCCACGCAUCGCUCACACAAACACCAGAUAGACGCACAACAGACGGAAAGACUGUAAGCAAAUAGUCCAGUAAACUAAUGAGGAUUUUACUCUCAGGGUCUUCUUGCGAAUCGCUCGGCCUCGACUCCGCUUUAGUCGAGCCGAGGCUCCGAGUCAAACAGUACGUUUUGUUACAGUACUUAAGAGAUACUGUACGUUUCCCCCUCUCAUUCUGCAUGCACACACUUGCGUUGCUUCACUCCUCAAGGGCUGGACAUAAAUUAAAAGGACACAUUCAUAGUUUUAUACAUGCAGUGAUAGUAUAUCUGUCUGUUCACGUUAGAGUGGAGUUAAUGACGUUUCCAGGUUUUUUUUAUGCACAUUUAUGCAGAACACAAAAGAUAUGAUUAAAAUUUUGAGUAAAGAGAAUUCAGAAAUUUCAUUAGUACACAGGAAGAAGCGAUGUUGAUGAUGACAGCUGUAAUAUUUAGUCAAGAAAUAUUAAACUGAGAAAUGUUUAAAAACACAAAGAUGUUGGAAAAUAAGGAAGUUGAAAACUAAUGUAGGAAUGAAACUAGGCGGUUACAAAGCUACUAACCUGCAGUGUAGAAGGCACCUUUUAAUGGUGUGCUUGUACAUACAUAUGUGUGGACUUGUGUGUGUGUGUGUGUGUGUCAUUUUGUAUCACACCCUCCAAACCAGAGCAGCUCGUCACACACAGUUUUAUUGACAAACGACGAGACACAUUUCAACAAAAAACACAAAAGAAACAGUCAGUCAGUUGUGCUCGUCCGCCCCGCAGGUCUAUCUGCUGUGCAAGCAGCAGGAUGAGACGACUCGCAGUAUUAAAUGACCAGAGUGGUGCCAAAAUAGGAAGAAAACAUCUCACUCUGAAUCACACAAACAUCCACAUUUUCCUUCAUUUUGGAUUAUAGCACUUGCAGCACCCUGUAGUGUUGUUCUUUUUUCUAAAUAUUGUGAAUAACACAUUGUAGUUUACAAUAAUAUCAACAAACCUUUGUGAUUUAAAAAAUAAUCUAUUUUAGCUCAGUGUAUAAUGACAAUCUCACAGCAAGUAAUCUUUUUAAUGAAUCUGUAAGCAGAUGUAUUUGGAGAAAAGGAAGAGUGUGUGUGUGUGUGUGUGUGUGUGUGUGUGUGUGAGUGAGAGAGAAAUGUGUGUGUUUGUUCGUGUCAGUGAACAGAUUAAACUGUAGCCAGGUUUCAUCAUUUCAUUUGUUCAGCAGCUGCACUAUCAGCACGUCCUGCAGUUCGUCUCUGAACUGAACAGAAUGUCUCAUAUCAGACCCACAAAUGUUUUUAGUUUAAAAUCUAUCACAGAUUCUCAACCAUUAGUUGUACAUUGAUCGGUGACUGGGUUUUACUGUCAGCAUGAACUGCUGAUGUGCGUUGAGUAAAGUUUCUGUGUGCAUAGGACAUGAGACACGUUCGCCCUCCUCAGCCUCAACAAGCUCUCUUUGUUUUUCAUUACAGGAAAAUAAAUGGAGGUUUUAAACAAUUCAAUAUUUGGUAUAGAUCUGUUGAAUGUUUUUUGGUUUCAUAGAAUGAAAUGAUAGUUUUGAAGGAAGGCUCACUAUUUUUUUUAACACUACAGACUGUGAUCGUAUCUUGAAGCGGGAAUAAUGUGUACCUUCCUAAAAAUACUUUAAAGGAUAAGUAUGUUGAUGUUCUGUAUUUUUUGUCAUUAAAUCCCUUGAAAAGACCAAAACCAAUAAUGAAUUGAUCCUACUAAUAAGUAGGGCUCUGCAACUGACUAUUAUAUCAUCAUAAUUAUUUUCAUCCACUGAUAAUUUUCUCUGUUAAUUGCUUGGUCUAUGAAUGUCAGUAGAUGGUGACGAGUGUUCGACCAACAGUCCAAACCCCAAACAUAUCCAAUUCAUUGUCAGAAAUGUCUAAGACAGCAAGCAAAAAUUCACAUUUGAGAAGCUUGAACUGUGAAUUUUUGCUUCAGAAAUGCUUCAUGUGAACUGAAAAGUUUUUCAAAAAUGAAACUUCAUAUUUUUGAAUUCUUUUUAAACAUUUACAUCUUCAGUAGGAACCAUUGGGCUCGUGGCUGAGGUGCCAUAUUAUAUAUUAUAUAUAUAUAUAUAUGGAUUGACAGUGUAAGUUUUGGUCUUUUUUAUGGGAUUUGUUGACAAUAACAAAAAUGUAAAAUAUGAUCAGUUUUAUCUUUUAUAAUGUGAAGACAAUUCUGAUCAAAUGAAAGAUUAAAAAAAAAACUUUUGUAUGGUUAUUUGCUCGAACAUCUCUCUUCAGAGAAAAAUGUCUGAGCAAUAAGGCGACAGCCAGGGAGGCAAAUCACACUUUCUGUUUAAGUGGUAAUGUAAAUUAAUGUGUUAAAGGGUGUACGUUUACACUGUAUGCUACCUUUGUGUAUCUUGAAAGCUCUUUUGGUAACUAUACCAUGACCAAAUGUAAGUAUUAGUUUCAAACCAAUUACUUACAAAAUAGAAGUUGUCGUCUAAAUGUUAUUUGAUUUUGACAGAAGUCACUGCUUGUUGUUCAAAGGUAUUGUUGGUACCAAUGGGAGAAUAGUUUGUCUCUCGCUCUACCUGAAGUAUUCACCUGUUCAUGCGUUUGACUUUUAGGUGGGUCUCUGUUUGGGAUAAUGGACAGAUCUGUGUUUCAGUGGAAAUAGAGAAUUUUUUUGCAGCCUGUUGUCUCUGUGUCCACAUUCCCCUGCCUGCUCUAAAGCCAAGUCUCAGUUACAGCCUGAGACGUAUCAGGACUACUUCAAAACUAACUAAAACCUUCAGUUAUUUUGCCUUUCAGAUGAGUAAUUAAAAAGAAAAGUUGGCACUUGGAAAGACUGCAGCAAAAGCAUUUCAUUGAAAAACUUAAUGUUAGUGUUUUUUCCGGUGCGGGAGUUUUUGAAAACGGUACUGUUCUUAGCCGCAGCACCUUAUUUUAUGUUUGGAAAAAGGACAAAAAGAAAACAAAUCAAGUUUUAAGUUUCUCGAAAAUAACUUUUUCUUUUCUUUUAGUUUCAGCAGAUGUUUUUAUGUUUGUACAGUGAGGUCCAAACGUUUGGACCUUUUGGACCCCGCUGUAUGUGUGAAGUGUAAAUGACUGGUGAAUGAAUGAAUAAACAGUUUUUAAAACAAAA